AUGGCCACCGUUCUGUUACUAUUGACGUCAGUCUUGAUAGCUUUAGGGUCAUGUGGCCGCCUGGAACCUCAAUACCUCCCCCCUCGUCCUGGCGGUGGCAACGGGGGUAACGGAGGGAGCAAUACAGGAGGUGGCUUUGGAGGCAGCGGUGGAAGCGGCUCGGGGGGUGGCUUUGGGGGUAGCGGCGGUGGUCAUUUCGGGGGUGGCUCAGGAGGGUUUGGUGGCUCCGGUUCCGGAAGUCACGGAAGUUCCAGCGGAGGUGGAUCUGGGGGAUCAAGUUCUGGAGGUUUUGGAAGCACAAGCAGCGGCGGCAGUGGCCCGCAGAUACCGAUAGUUAGUUUCGAAAAUGUAAAUAAUGGCGAUGGAAGUUAUCACUUUAGUUACGAAACCGGUAAUGGCAUCUCAGCCAAAGAAAGUGGCGCACCUCGUGCUCAAGGCCCUGAAGGUCCAGCCGUGACAGCGGAAGGGGCAUUCUCUUACCGCACCCCGGACGGCCAACAAAUUUCCAUCACCUACACCGCUGACGAGAAUGGCUUCCACCCAACUGGCCCUCACCUCCCCACUCCUCCUCCCAUCCCAGAAGAGAUUCUGCGCUCGAUUGAGUUCAACAAGCGUAAUCCUUCCUCUGAGGGUUCCUACAAUGGCGGAAACGGCAACGGCUCUGGAGGCUCCGGGGGUGCUGGAGGCUACCACUAUUGA